CCGGUGUCUUGGUCGCGGUGUGUGCAGCGGCAGGCUGCUCCCGUCCCGGCCGGCGGGGCGGCCGUCCAGCCCCUCGGGCCGGCAGGCGAUGGUGCGGUGGAGUGCGCGGACGCGGGCGGCGUGGCGGCGGGCAUGAAGGAGGAUGGAAGGGCAGGACGAGGUGUCGGCGCGGGAGCAGCACUUCCACAGCCAAGUGCGAGAGUCCACGAUCUGUUUCCUUCUCUUUGCCGUUCUCUACAUUGUCUCCUACUUCAUCAUCACAAGAUACAAGAGAAAAUCAGAUGAGCAAGAAGAUGAAGAUGCCAUAGUCAACAGGAUUUCGUUGUUUCUGAGCACGUUCACUCUAGCAGUUUCAGCUGGGGCAGUUUUGCUUUUACCCUUCUCAAUAAUCAGCAAUGAAAUCCUGCUUUCUUUUCCUCAAAACUACUAUAUUCAGUGGCUAAAUGGCUCCCUGAUUCAUGGUUUGUGGAACCUUGCUUCUCUCUUUUCCAACCUUUGUCUAUUUGUGUUGAUGCCCUUUGCCUUUUUCUUUCUGGAAUCAGAAGGUUUUGCUGGCCUGAAAAGGACUAAGGUCAAAGGGGAGAAUCAGCUUGAGGAGGGGUAUAAGAAGGGAAUCCGAGCCCGAAUUUUAGAAACUCUGGUCAUGCUUAUUCUUCUGGCCUUGCUUAUUCUUGGGAUAGUGUGGGUAGCCUUGGCGCUCAUUGACAAUGACGCUGCGAGUAUGGAAUCUUUAUAUGAUCUCUGGGAUUUCUACCUACCUUAUUUAUAUUCCUGUAUAUCAUUGAUGGGAUGUUUGUUACUUCUCUUGUGCACUCCAGUUGGCCUCUCCCGCAUGUUCACAGUCAUGGGGCAGCUGUUGGUGAAGCCAACAAUUCUUGAAGACCUGGAUGAACAAAUUUAUAUUAUUACCCUAGAGGAAGAAGCAAUUCAGCGACGACUAAAUGGACUGUCUUCAUCAGUGGAACACAAUAUAACGGAGUUGGAACAAGAACUUGACAAUGUAAAGACUCUUAAGACAAAAUUAGAGAGGCGCAAAAAGGCUUCAGCAUGGGAAAGAAACUUGGUGUAUCCUGCUGUUAUGGUUCUCCUUCUUAUUGAGACAUCCAUUUCGGUCCUCUUGGUGGCUUGUAAUAUUCUUUGCCUGUUGGUUGAUGAAACAGCAAUGCCAAAGGGAACAAGGGGGCCUGGAAUAGGAAAUGCUUCUCUUUCUGCUUUUGGUUUUGUGGGAGCUGCACUUGAAAUCAUUUUGAUAUUCUAUCUUAUGGUGUCCUCUGUUGUUGGUUUCUAUAGCCUCCGAUUUUUUGGAAACUUUAUUCCCAAGAAGGAUGACACAACGAUGACAAAGAUCAUUGGGAAUUGUGUGUCAAUCUUGGUCUUGAGCUCCGCACUGCCUGUUAUGUCAAGAACACUGGGAAUCACUAGAUUUGAUCUACUUGGAGACUUUGGAAGGUUUAAUUGGCUGGGAAAUUUCUAUAUUGUGUUAUCCUACAAUUUGCUUUUUGCUAUUAUGACAACAUUGUGUCUGGUCAGAAAAUUCACCUCUGCUGUACGAGAAGAACUUUUCAAGGCCCUAGGGCUUCAUAAACUUCACUUAUCAGAUACUUCAAGGGAUUCAGAAACCACAAAGCCUUCUGCGAAUGGGCAUCAGAAAGCACUGUGAGACCCGCAGCAGCGCCCUGCAAUCAAGAGCCUGAGCGCCCCAAACCUGUGACAUUCCCGUCGGUCAGGGGUGCUUCCUGCUGACUGUGGUCCACGCUUACGGCCUGGGCCUGUCAGUGUCGUUUUCAUAAUCUAAGAGCUUGGCUGUUGCAGGUCUUCUUCUUUUUACCUUUGGGGCGGCCCUUGUAGUUCCCAGCCAGGUGCAGCCUCCUCAGGGCGGCGCGUCUUCUGGGGCCAUGUUUGCUUGCAUCAGUUAUGCGCCCAUAUGAGAGUGUUAGAAAAGGCCAACUUUGGGGCUUUCUAAGGAUUCACUUAAAUCUUGUUAUAUAUUCCAUUCAAAACGAAUUCCAUUCAUGCCCUACAUGAAAGGGCAUCCUUGGUACUUAGAUGUGAAAUUUCUGCAAAAAAUGAAAGUUUAUAGAUGAUAUUGCAGUGGGUACAUUGGAACUGUAAAUGGUUGCAAAUUAUAUUUUUCACUUCCUUGAAGAAAAAACAAAAGCAUAGUUCUGAUUUAUGUUACAGAAUGAUAUUGAUUGGACUUUGAGUCAAGGGAAAAAUACAAAAUUCUUUUAAAACUUGAGCCUUGGUAGGAUGCCACAGGAAUACCUCCUACUGUCCAGUGGAAUAAGCUAUGGUAGGAAGUAUUAUGUAAUCAUACUUCUCUGACAGUUUAUGUGUAUAUAAUUCAAUAUUACCUCUCAUAACAUAGUUGCCAGUGUUGAAUACACUUGUAACUUAGAUUUUGCCUUAUAGGCUAUAUGUACACUCAGUUUUUUUUAAACAUUUUUUUCAGAAAUCCCUUAAUUCCCUGUGUCCAUUAUGAACUAUAAAUGCUCUGUGGUAGACACCCCUUCUUUCGCCACAGUCUUCAGGCUUUGAUCACUUCUGUACGUGCCAAUUUAAACAUCAGACUUACGAAUGUUACCAUUUAACACCCAAAACACACAGCAUCAGCAUUCAUGAUGUAAGAAAAGUUUUGCCGUGUAUCAUGGUCUGAUGAUCAUUCAGUUAUUAAAUUGUAAAUAAUUCUUGGGAUGGGUUCUUGACUUAAGUCCACUGAAUAAAAGCUAUAACAUUAUACUCCGUGUUACCAUCCACUAGGAUCGAGUACCAGAAAUUGUGCAUGCAAAAAUAGCAGAUGGGUCCACUUGCACACAGUUCAUAUCAUGCAGCCUCUAUAAACACAUAUGUUCAUAUGCGCUGUGUGUUUGGCAACAGGUUGUGUUCAGACAAACGUAAAAGAACAGUUUUCUCAAAUUGUUGAAUUUAAAGGGUUUUUUUGGGAGAAAUUUAUGAAAAACAGGCUAUAUAUAUUUUGACAUCAAAAAUUUCCACUUAGAUCCAAUAUAAUAAGAGAAAGUAACCCAAAGCUCCAUUGUGUAUACUUCUCCUUUAUUUAUACCUCUGCAUUUCCUUCUGAGCUUCUCUUCCUGUUAAAAUGCAGCUUAGUUUUAAAAUAAAAGAACAUUUUGUGAUUCUAAACAACACUCAGUAAAUACCACCAGUCUAGUAUGGGUGAAUUUCUCAGCAUAAGAUCCACAUACUGAGAAAAUGAAUAAAAAUUGGCUGCUUUCUAAUUUUACUGGUAAUUAUACCUAUUUAAGUGUUAAUUGCAAGUUUUGAUUUUUACUGAAACUUGCUUGCUUUGAGCAGACCAGGUCAAGGGGAGAAGAGAAAAGAAUUCCUUUAAAUAAAAGAAUAUCACUUUUAACUUACACUAAUUUCAGGGCAGACAUCCAGAGGAAGAGCUUCUGGGUAUUUGUAAGAUGUCUGAAAAUUUUUGAGUAAAAUAUUAAACUUUUCAAUGUCUAUAUCAACUCUUUGUUCAUUUGAAAGUUUCUUUCCAUCAGAGGACUUAAGCCAGGUUUGGAUUAGUAAGGAGUGAAAUGUAUUAUAAAUUCCUGAAGCUCUUAGUGGAUGCUUCUUCACUGCUGUGUGGAGCAGAGGGACGGUUUUGAACCUUGGGUGCCAGAUGCCUUCUGUGGAAGCAAAUAUAGGUUGUCACAUCCUCGGUCUGCACGUAAUGACAACCACCUGAGGCUCUAGCAACACCUGGUGCAUUCCUGGUCACAAGCGCAGUCUUCCUCUUGAGUGAGACACUUACUCUAAAUGCAGGCGCUUCUCCUGCAUGCACGCUGGAGGCUGGCAUGUGCACCUGUGGCAGAAGUGGCUGCGGCGCACUGAGGCCGAGCACUGGAGGACCGGUAAGGACAGACAGGCACCCGUGAGCUUCCUGUUACUGCAGUUGUGCGUGCAGUGGAGGGCGAGCACGAGGCCUCAGGUCCGAGGUCCCGGUGCCGGCGGUCGGACGGGCCUGAAACUGCCUUCCUUCUAAGUGGGUGGGGUACAUCACUGACUGCAUUAAAUCAAAUGCUCCUUUUAUUUUUUCUCACCACUAGGAUCUAUUUUAAAAGGGCAUUAGGCACUGCAAUCACAAAGUUUCUUGAGGAGACUGAGCCAAUUCUUAUCAUUCAUUGGUUCUACAGUAUGUAAAUAAAUUAUUUUGAAGUUAUAAAUUUUACAGAUUAUAAUGUUUGUAAUGAUUUUUACUGAUUUUCCAAGAUAUUUCUUAGAUUUAAAAUUUGUUUAGCUUUAUAUACAUUCUGUGUAAAAAUAGACCUGCUGUAUAUAUGAGACUUUAUGUGAAAAUUACACACACACACACAGGUGGCACCUUCAGUGCCACGCUGAGGGGUUGACAGUGGAUGAGAAUGAAAGCUUCCUGGUGGUUCUCAGUCUCGGGUGCGUCAAAGGUGCAUAUAUACCUGACCUUCGGGGCACCGGCUUCUGCCUGGUUUUCUGGAGCAGUCAGCCUCCCUGUGGCCUCUGUAACCGCCUUAUUUGCCAGCAACACAGGCUUACAUCGCGUGAAAGCCCUAGGUGGCUUUCUAUGUUGUUAGCAGUAUUUAGUAUAUAAAGGCAGAGUUCUUAAAAUAAUUUUUUUUUAAGUAUGAGGAUACAUGCAGUACUGACUUUUUAAACUUUUAAAAAAAUUGGUAUGAUGUUACUUUAAAAAUAAUGUUUGGAUGCACUGGCAAAUUAUUUUUGUUUACAGAGUGUUUUGUUUACAGGUUAUCAGUCUUGUUUCUGUGAGAUACUUUUAGUGUGACUUUUUAAAUGUCUCAGAAAUUAAAGUUUUACUAAAUGAUUUCAUAUUUUGGUUUACAAGUACUCAAAUGUGUUUUUUAUUUUUAAUCUUAAAUACCAUCAUGGCUAAAACUUAAGGGUGUAUGUAGGUUAUUUUCAUUUCAGUUUUAUAAAGGGCAAUAACUAUUCUUAUGGAAUGUUGAACUGAGGGAGGAGUGGAUAUUUUCUCUCCUUUUUGUUGGGGAGUUUUUGAUCAAUUUCUUGCAACCUAAAAUGUAGCAUCAGUAAUUGAAAUCAUGUAUGUUAUUUCUUUGACUUAUUUAGGUUUGAUGUCUCUAAUUUCUUCCAUUGAAGGACUGAGCCAUAUACCUGAUUGUGGUGUGAGCAGCUUAAUCCAGAGUGCUUGGAAGGCAAAGGCCUUUAGCAUGUGGUUCAUUCACUGACAAACAGAAGCCUCUACGGCAGUGGCUUUCAGACUUCUGACCAGAGUAAAAGGGGCAGGACCUGCGGUUGUGAAAAAGCGUGAGGAAACAGUAGCCAUAGUUAUCUACCAAUCUGAAAGGGGGGAAUCACACCUGUGUACCAUGUAGUGGAAAACGCCAGGUGGCUUCUGUAUCUAUGUGCCAGAAGCCAAGUUCACCAAGCUCAGGGAGCACAUCUGGAUCUAAGGCAGUUUGCAGCCAAGCCCAGCUGAGCCACCACAGAGCAGGCGGCCCCCAUCCAACAGAUAAGUAAUAAACGCUGCUUGUCCUAAGCAUUUUUACAGCAAUGGGACAAUAAAAUCAUACUCCCUGAUAAAAUGAAACAAAACCGGGAUUUACUAAUCAAAAUGAUAAACUAAAUACCCAACCACUUGGAAAGGUAAAAAUGGUAUUUGUAAAUAAUUCCAGAAAUUUAUGGAUUAUACACGGAUUUAAAUAGCAUCACAGACUUUCCCUCUCCCAAGUGAGUCCUCCACCAAACGCAUGCUGCUUAGGGCCCCAACUCUUUCUUGGACAACGACCCAUUUUCAAAUGAGACCUGAAGAGGCUGUGAUGUAAUCGUAGAAAAGUCUGCGUGGUGUUCGUGGCUUGACCUGAGAAUGUGCUGUCGUCUUCAAACCGUCCAGAGAAGCAGCUACUCCACUGAAGUGCUUUUUUUUUUUUUUUUUUUUUUUACUGUUCUGUGCUUGUAACUUGGUCUCCCCAAGGCUUUGUUGGGCAUGCUGUUCCAGAAGACUUGUCAAUAAGAGAAUUACCUGAUGUGCCAUUGACUUUCGCAGCUGUGUGAGACUCACCCCUGAACACUCAUGGGGUUUUCACUGCCAUGUUCCCCAGUGUUGACCAAUCCCAGAUUUCCAUCCUCACUGAUUUUCCCUGUGCGCCCGCUUUCUACAGUUAACUAAGGCCUAGUCAGUAGAGUACUUGCUUGCAAAGAGCAGAGACGGGCUGUGCUCACUUAAGCAGGAAAAGAGUUUGCUGGAAGGACUUUUGACAGCUCACAGAUUCAGUGGGAAGGCUUGAGAAAUGGGUUCCGAAAGCAGGCAGGACUGCCGGGUGUCUGGGCAGCCACACCCAGCCAUCGUGCCCAGGGACAGGAGUGCAGGGACAUGGUCACACAUGGCCCUGAGGGGCCUCUUACUAUCACUGAGUGACCUGGGCAUCCCUGGACUCUCCCCACAGAUUCCAGUUUGGGGCCUGGAAUCAGCCUGACCCAGCCUUCACCGCAUGGCUGUGCUCUGCCUCGUGGGCCUUCUGAACGGAAAAGUGAGGUCUGGGAUCCAGCCUCCCUCUGCUGUCUCACAACAGAAGUGUUCGCUCACUCUUUAAAUCAUUCUCCAAGUUAGUCUCCAAAUUUUGUAAAAGUCACAUCAGAUCAGAACAGCUCCUCUGUGAUAGUUUCCCUGAUAACCAGCCAGCCUGACGUCCAUGCCCCCUAUAACUCCACCGUUGAAAAGUGAGCACACGCCAAUAUAUGUGGAUUUACUCAUUUAAAUGAUGUACACGUGUAUGGCUAUAUAUAAGUAAAACAUAUCAGAUGAGUGUUUUAAAAGGAUGGGGUAAAAAAUAAAUAGGAACAUACAUUUAGUAUUUCCUCCCACACGACACUGGGGCUGUUCUGCACCCUUGGCAGGCCUGCUCCUGGCCUUGGCAACCUGUCUGUCUUUUCCCUCCCAGGCCGGGCUUCCUGUCUCCUUGCCUGCAGUUAGCUGUGGCUGCAGUCUUGUGUGCCAGGUGCCCCGGCGUGGCCACAAACGUCUCUGCCUCAGCACAUGGGAGAGUCACUGGGGAGCCCGGGCAGAGCCACAAGCCACGGGCCACGAGCCAGGGUCCACUUAGAGAAGCCCCUCAGCCCUCACCCGCUGCCGAAGGGCUGCGGUUCAAAAGAACAGGCCGCUUUGUCCGUCCCUGAGGCUUGGGCCUCAUCUGUUCCAGCAGCUGGGGCACCUCACCAUCACAGCUGCGCUUCAUUCUUGUAAGUGACCAGGCUCCCAGGAAGAUUUCGUGGAUUUCUUCACGUAUGAACUAAAACAGUGUAUGUGGCUCUAAGUCAUUACUAUGUGAUUUACUAUUUUCUGAUGUUGAAACCACUGAAUAUUUUAUUUUCACAUCUUGGGUUUAUAUAUUCAAAGUGCUGAAGUACAACGGUAAAGCGAGAGUCGGGAGCGGCAGAGGACCUUAGGUUACUAGCGCGGGGUCGACGCCAGCUGUAGGUAAGCCCCCAGCCGCGUGUGGGCCAGGCCUGGGAAGACAGAGUGUUGUAACCCUACCGGCAGCCCCCCUGCGGGCCAGUCAGAACCGCUGUGGAAAUGGGCCAGUGAGCCAGGCUACUGUGUCAGAAGGGAGUCCCUUUACUGUUACGAGCGAUUCCAGCUGGCCCACUAGACGCAGAGCAAAUCAGCAAAUUACAGAACCUCUGAGACAGAAGGUUUUAGUCCGUGCCUCACUUACUUCAACUGAUUAAACUCAUGAAUCUGAAGUUUUCUUUUUAUAAAGACUAAAAUUGGAUGGGUUGUCAGCUUUUAAAAUAUCGUUAGCUUUCCUAAGUACAACCACCAAAAUUAAGGUAAACCUUUCCCCCCGAAUUAUAUAAUUUUAUUGCUGUGAAUUCAACAUUCAGGAAUUUUCUUUGGAUAGCAAGAGUGGCAGAGAGGACACACGUGGAACGGAGAACUGUCCCCCAAGGAGAACUCCUCCAGAGCAAGGAGACACGUGUGGUGAAACACGUGUGAGCAGGACAGGAGGACUGUGUGCUGUGACGAGGGCGCCGGGUGAGCCUGGCUGCCCACGGAGAGCGGGCUGAGGCAGACGAGCGCUCGGGGCUGUCCCCGGCAGGGCCUGCAACACAGAAGGACGCGGGAGUUGGUCACGCAGGUUGUUAGUUUCAUCAUAAUAGGAAGUUCCGGAAAUUUGAGUGAGAGCUGUAUACUGACAGACGUGGAUCUUCUAAAAAUGAAGACACUUCAUUCUGUGUUAAAAUGGCAUUAAUUAUAUACGUACUCUGCUAGUCUUAUGAAAAAUGGAAAGGGUAGAAACCCACCUGGGAUAACCCAUUUUGAAACACAAAUAGUUUAUAAAAUGCUGAACAUUAAUAAUAUAGAUUUUCUUUUAAUUAGGCAAGGAAGAGUAGUCUUUUUCAAAAUUCUUGAUACUGUGUAGCUGCUAAACUUCUUUAUACAUUUUCCUCUUUUUGUGAUUUUCUAAGCAAGUGUUUCCUCUGUGGGAUUUGGAGUGUCGUUCUUUCACGGCUCCUACAGAUGCAAGAGGAGGGCAGGCUGGGACCUGCGGGGAAGCUCCGGGGGGCGGGGGAGGAGCAUGUGGGGAGGCCUUUUCCCUCUGUGCUUUCACAAAAUGCCAUCAUCAAAGCGGAAUUUCACACUCAAGGGCCUUGGCGCUCACCCCAGAGUGGGUGGUGAAGGUCCUGGGGCCCCACGUGCUGUGGGCACAGGCCGGGCCCCCCCCCCCCCGGUGGGUGCCCCCCCCAAGCAGCACUGCAGAGCCGCUGGCUGCCCUGUCCCGGGCACAGCCUACCUGUGUCUGGAUCUUCCCCCAGUCCUCUUCCGUGAGCUCGUGGCCACAUGUGUACUCCAGCUGCUGCAGCACGCUGCGGUUGAGGGCCAGGCAGCGGUCGAUCUCUGAGAAGAGCUCGUCUAUGUCCGUGUGGUAAGAGCACAGCAGGCGGUGGCUGAUUUCUGUGAACUGGGGACACGGCGGGGGCACACUUACUCACAGGCAGUGAGAAGUUCUGGAGGCUUUGAAAUCCGAGCGUGUUGUGCACGCGCAUCACAUCUCCAUCUGGACUGGACGGCCACAGGUGGCUUGUGGCUCCCUGCACUGGACAGCGUGGCCUGGUGGCUCAGAAAGACAUACACUAGAAAGGAGUGACCGUCAUGUCUGGGCACGGAGAGGUAGCCAAGCCAGGGCCACUCCAAUAGCUCCUUUGUUAAACGUUUGAAGACUGAUCAAUUAGCAGUGUCCUGGUUGAGAGAUUGUGGCUCUUUCACGGAACUGGGCGGGAUGAAAGGAACUCAGCCCAUCGAACCUCGCAGUCAUUUAGGAGUGUGAUGCGUGGAACGUGUUCUCCGUGGACGUGGGGGACUUUCCCAUUUCAAGUAUCCUACUCUAUUGGACAUCCCGUGUGCGUGGUUUGUCUGUUCAUUUGUUUUUAUGUGGAUAACCUGGCGGGAUGCCAUGUCUGUGUAAGUCACCUCCAUUAGAAGUUGCCUUCACGGACCUGGUAUUCCCUUCCAAUUCCCAUCUGUCCUGCAAGAAGACUCGAGCCUGCGCGGGCAGCGGCUGUGGUGAGUGAGCCUGCCCAGCCUUGGUCCCUGGGUGUUAACCAGGAUGCGUGCUGGGUUUCAGGGAAAGGCCGUGCUGUAACACGGCAGGCGGCCCACGGGCUUUGAAUCCAGGCACCUGUGUUUUGGGGUUUUGCAUGCAGUUGAUUUUCAGCCAUACCUGGAGGUCUGGAGGAAGAAGCUUUUCCAUCUAUGAAUCCAGUUCUGUUUCUUACUGAUUCUAAUUACACUUGCCUGGCAGCUGGACCCUAGCUUAUGGGCUCCAGCUGGCAGUGUUUCAUUUUCUCUGUUCCUCAGCCUUUCAAAUACCUGAUAAUCUCCAAAUAAAUUAUUGAAAGUA